CCCUCCACCGCAGACUGUUCCACCGUGUGCUACCACACUACUGGUUACCUCUGUAGACAGGUGUGCAGACGAAUUUGACACCUACGACGACAAUAACACCCCAGAAGCUGCUGACAUAAGCUUAUGUGUACAUAACAGUGAACUCUUCGUGGAUUUAAAUGAAGCAAAACCCAUAUAAUAGUUGUGCACGCAUUAAAGAAAUGGAUCAUGAAAUAGGACGACAACACAUCUCUAUACACUCGAGGAGCCUGUUCAGAUGUACGUCAUGGGGAAAGCUUCGUGAAGACUUGCUGUAAGACCCUACAUUCAUUGUUAUGGCAGGCUUAGAUACAGGAACUGUAACGGGUGACAUUUUACAGGAUUCUGUGAAUAAAUCUUUGACAGCAUUAUGUUUGGAUGCCAGUUUGUCGGACAUCAAGUUCGUGUUUCCAGAGGAACCUGGCAAGGUUGGAAUUCCUGCCCACAGGUUGAUUCUGGCCAUGCGCAGUGCAGUUUUCAGGACAAUGUUUUACGGUAGUUUGCCAGAGAGUGGACCGGAAGUGAAAAUUGUUGAUAUAGCCAGCGAUAUUUUCUCAUCAAUUUUGAGGUAUGUGUAUUCAGAUGAAGUAUCUAUCAAUGACGAAACUGUGAUUCCACUUCUCCACGCAUCCCAAAAGUAUGAACUGUUGACGUUGCUCCAUGAGUGCGAAAACUAUCUGGAAGGUGCAUUGAAUGUAAAAAACGUAUGCACGAUCCUGAAUCACGCAGCCUUGUUUGGUAUGGACGAUCUGAUCAAAGAUGCUUUGAGUUUCAUUGAGAUCAACGCAGCAGAUGUGUUCAAAGAGGAGUCUUUCACUUUUCUCACUCAAAGUAACUUUGCUAUGGUGUUGAAGAGUGAGAGAAUCGGAACGGCAGAGAUCAACAUCUUCAAUGCUGCGAUUCGCUGGGCUGAUGAACACUGCAAUAAGGAGGAAAAGGCCAUAAAUGGUGAAAAUCGUAGGCAGGCAUUAGGAAAUAUGUUAUUGCAGAUCCGGUUCAAUUUGCUUUCUUUAGAAGAUUUCUCCAAUGUUGUCGUUCCGACAGAAGUUUUGACAGAUGAUAAUGUUCUGAAAUUUUACAAACUUUUCACGCAAAAACAUUUUGAUACUGACACCAUUGCAAAUUUUAUCAAAACUCCAAGGUUAGAGUACCCUCCCUUAGAAGUAAAUCUUCAGACACUGACGCAAAUACCCACCUGUACAUUUGUACAGUCCGGUGGAAUCAAAUUAGGCUUGAUUGGGGAGAGAGGGGUACAGAGUUUGGAAACAGUCUCCGUUUACACUACUCAGCCAAUGAAAAUCAGGCAGUUAGAUUUUGUUCCCACUCCAACCGGAACCCCGGAUCACCCUAAAAUAGGUCACAACCCCCAAGGGGAAUUCCGAAUAGAACAAGCCCUGGUUUACAUAGAUGAUGUCUCCAAUGAUAUUGUAAAACCAAUUUAUAAGGGUAAAAUUCCCCUCGGUCAGAAAACUUCAAUGAAGUUUGACCUUAUUCUUCAGAUUGGUGAUUGGACUAAAUUGGCCAUUGGUGUGAGCAAAAUGUGCAGUAUUUGUGGCAUCAUGGUGGCCCCAGAAUAUAAUAAGAUUCCAGAACAGUACACAAGGAAUAGACACGGAAACUCCAUAAAGUCCCCCAACACUAAAUCUGUGGCUGCAUUUGGGGGCAGCUUCCAGAUAGCCACGUCUGGUCAAAAUAUUAUCAAGUCUAUCAGGUUUGAAAAAGAAUAUCCCAUGAAUUUAAGUCUUUCUUAGAUACAGUAGCUAUCCUGUAAAAAGAUAUAGCCAAGCUAACCUUUGGUUGGAAAAGAAAAUCCAAUGAAUUUUAGUCUUUCUCAGAAUCAGUUAUCUACCAUGAAAUAAGAGAUAGCAAAAAACAACAUUUUGUUGGAAAAUAAUAUACAUAUGUACCAUGAAUUUAAGUCUUUCCUAGACAUAGUAGCUAUAUAAUGUAAAAAAAAAUUACAAAUCCAGCAUUAGGUUGAAAAGGGGAUUUACAGAUCAAUAACGUGAUCGCAAAAAUAUGAGCCGCAGAAUAAUAUGACUUAUUUAACAGAAUACACUUGCUUGUUGUUGCUUGAUUAUGCUAUAAUAAUGACUUAAACUCAUUGUUCGUAUGCCGAAUAUCCUGUCUCUGCUCAAAUUGGCUUCCAGUGUCAUCAUUCUAAAUUUUGAUUUGCAAACAUUUUAGCCUGUGUCAAUAUCCCGUUAUACAGUAUAAUCCGACUGGACCCUUGUUUUGAUAAACCUUUCCUGUACUCGGCAUAUCAAUCAAGCUUCCUAGCAUGUGCAAACAUGUUUUGAUAUAUAUGCUUUUUUGUGCAUAAUGCUAAAAAAAUUGAACUCAUUCUAUCAAAAUAUUUAUUCAAGUUUAUAAGAGCCCACUGUGGAAAUUUGUACUCCCUUGUAAUAAUUAACAUAUAUCGAUAUGUAACUUUUAAUAUUGCACAUGGGACCAUUAAGCAGAUCAACAUAUAGGAAUUAUGCCACAUAUAAACAGCUACAAAAAUUGUUGUACAAAUUUUAAGCGAAUGCGUGCUUAAAUGGAACAAUUAUUUUCAGAAAUAACAACAUGGACUUAGUGUAUAGAAUGUUUUUCAUGUAAUUGGAUUCUCACCAGUUGUGAUAUCAUAAAGGGAAUUACCCCCGAGCUAAAGUUUACUUUUUAGAUACAUUAAUCAAGCAUGGGGAUAACCUGCAUAGAGUGCGGGGUGGGUUGUCGAUAACUUUUGAUGUCUGACAGCUUCAGGGCCCUCCCUGCCCUCCCCCCUCAAUCCCCCACCCAAUACCCUAGGUGUUACCCCUGGCCUUUAGAAAGUUUCAUCCCCCCUCCCCCCAUCAAUAAUUUGAAAGAAACCCCUACUUCUCUCUUUUGUGUUAAACCCCCCCCUUUAAGGGUCUCCCAAAAUAAUAAAUAAGCGUUAUAUAACGGCCCCUUAAUUUUGACUGAUAAUGAUCUCCAUGUCACAAGAAUGAUAUUCCAUCUUUUCGUAUUGCAGAGUUAUCUGCUCUUGUGAGCAGGUAUUGAUUGUUACGUCAUUUGUUUGUGAG